AUGUCUGAGGCUUCCGCCAAGCAAGGCACGGGCGUCAAACAAAUACACCCGUAUUUGUCUGGCAAUUUUGCUCCGAUCGAAAAGACUGUCUCUCUGAGACCUUGCACUUUCACGGGACGGGUACCAGUGGAUUUGGCCGGGGGCCAGUAUGUCCGAAAUGGUGGCAACCCAGUUGCCAACAGCGACAAGACGCGAGACUUUCAUUGGUUUGACGGCGAUGGCAUGGUAUCUGGCGUUCUCUUUCGCCGCAGGAAGAAGCCAACGCCUCGAGGGGUUGGGAGAAGUGCGUCGCAAGAAGAUAUCCUCAUCCCCGAAUUUGUCAACCAAUACUUGGUCACAGAUGCCUAUUGCUACUCCAAGGCAAGUGGCCUAUGGGUUUCAGGCAGGCCGUUGCUGCCAAGCAUCGCCACGCUUGUCAACCCGUUAUCCUCAAUCAUGGCCAUCAUAUACCACCUUUUACGAACCAUUUUGUUGGUCUUGUUGUCGCACAUGACACCCAGAACAUACCCGAUCAAGAAGAUCAGCGUGGCCAACACGGGGCUCGUCUACCACGAUGGGAGAGCGCUUGCGACUUGUGAGAGCGGCCCGCCUUUGCGACUCUCCCUCCCAGACCUCAAAACCAUAGGCUGGUUCAACGGGAAGAUCGCCCAGAACGAACUCAUCAAGGACGGCUCACACGGCGUCAUGGGAGACAGCUUUGGCGGCAGCGGUCCACUUUCAUCAAUGCUCGAGUGGACUACGGCGCAUCCUCGAGUAGAUCCGGUGACGAAAGAGAUGAUCGCCUUCCAUGCUGUAUUCAUCAAGCCAUUCGUCUUCUACUCUAUCAUGCCGCCCGAGAGGCAAAAGGAACACUCAGUUCCACCACCAAAACUCCACUUGCCCGUGCCGGGGGUGACGAAGCCCAAGAUGAUGCAUGACUUUGGUGUGUCACGAGAACAUACAGUUAUCAUCGAUAUACCUCUCUCGUUGGAUCCAAGAAACCUGCUUCGGGGCCUUCCGGUCCUUUCAUAUGAUGCGGCUGGCGUUUCGAGGUUCGGGGUUUUCCCUCGGUACAGGCCCCAGGAGGUGCAAUGGUUUGAAACCUCGCCGUGUGUCAUCUUUCACACGGCGAACUGCUGGACUUCGGAGCUCAGUCCUGAACUGGAUAUCUCACAGGCAUGCGUGGAUCUGCUGGUAUGUCGGCUUACCUCGGCGUCACUGGUCUUCAGUGCGGGAAAUCUCGCCACACCUGCACUCGAGGCCAUCCCACCAGAGUAUGCCGAGGAGGAGCAGUGCCGGCUGUAUUACUACCAGUUCCGGCUUGCCGGUCCCGAGCGGGAGCAUUGUAUUCAACACCAAUGGGCUCUUUCUGCAAUCUCAUUUGAGUUUCCGACCAUGUCGACCAGUCACUCUAUGGAGGACGCCAGAUAUAUCUAUGGCUGCACCACAGGCUCUGGGUCAUACACUGUGGCCUUAGGGAAGGCUGCCAAGAUUGAUUACCUUGCCAAGAUCGAUGUGCGCACUCUCAUAGCGCGGGGGACUGCACAUCCUCCACAACAGGUCAAAGGAUGCGUCGAUGCACGAACUGUCCAAGAAGUUAGCGACAGUUGUGACCCGGAUGACCCGAUAAAGUUAUUUCGGAUGCCAGAGGGUUGGUAUGCACAGGAGCCACGCUUUGUGCCGCGGAAGGAUGCACAGUUGGAAGAUGAUGGCUGGCUCUUGACGUACGCCUUUGAUGAGAGCCAGCUAGACGGCGACGGACAAUGCCCGGAGAGUGCGACGAGUGAGCUGUGGAUCAUUGACGCCAGGACCAUGAAGGAGACCGUCGCUAGGAUACAUUUGCCCCAGAGAGUACCUUAUGGCUUACAUGGAGCCUGGUUCUCCGAGGAUGAGGUCUUGGGUCAACGCCCAUAUCUCGGCACGCGGCAGCUUGCGCCCGAGUAA